GACAGAUAUCAGUGGAUGGAUUUAUGCGAUAUCUGAGUGGAGAAGAAAACGGUGUUGUUGCACCUGAGAAACUGGAUUUAAACGAAGAUAUGUCUCAACCGCUGUCACACUAUUUCAUCAAUUCCUCACACAACACCUACCUCACAGCUGGACAGCUGGCCGGUAACUCAUCGGUGGAGAUGUAUCGGCAAGUGCUUUUGUCAGGCUGCCGCUGUGUGGAGCUGGACUGCUGGAAAGGACGAACAGCCGAAGAAGAGCCGGUCAUUACACAUGGAUUCACUAUGACAACUGAAAUAUCCUUCAAGGAAGUAAUAGAAGCUAUUGCUGAAUGUGCAUUUAAGACAUCGCCCUUUCCAAUCCUCCUUUCCUUUGAAAAUCAUGUGGAUUCCCCUAAACAACAGGCAAAAAUGGCAGAGUACUGCAGAUUAAUAUUUGGAGAUGCAUUGCUUAUGGAUCCAUUGGAAAAAUACCCGCUUGAACCUGGGGUUCCUCUGCCAAGCCCUAUGGAUUUAAUGUACAAAAUUCUGGUGAAGAAUAAAAAGAAGUCGCAUAAGUCUGCAGAUGGAAGUGCAAAAAAGAAGCUCUCGGAGCAAGCUUCCAACACAUGCAGUGAUACGUCUAGUAUGUUUGAACCUUCCUCCCCCGGAGCAGGAGAAGCAGAGAUUGAGAGCGAUGAUGAUGAUGACUAUGAUGAUGACUGUAAAAAGUCGUCGAUGGAUGAAGGUACUGCUGGAAGUGAGGCUAUGGCCACGGAAGAGAUGUCUAACCUGGUGAACUACAUUCAGCCUGUGAAGUUUGAGUCAUUUGAAGUAUCAAAAAAACGCAACAAAAGUUUUGAGAUGUCUUCCUUUGUGGAAACCAAAGGGCUCGAGCAACUUACGAAGUCUCCUGUGGAAUUUGUGGAAUACAACAAAAUGCAGCUAAGCCGAAUUUACCCAAAGGGAACACGGGUAGAUUCUUCGAACUACAUGCCACAAGUCUUUUGGAAUGCCGGCUGCCAAAUGGUUGCUCUUAACUUCCAAACUGUAGAUUUGUCUAUGCAAAUAAACAUGGGAAUGUAUGAGUACAAUGGCAAAAGCGGAUACAGGUUAAAGCCAGAAUUCAUGAGAAGACCAGACAAACACUUUGAUCCAUUUACUGAGAGCAUAGUGGAUGGAAUAGUAGCUAACACCUUGUCUGUCAAGAUCAUUUCAGGUCAGUUUCUUUCUGAUAAAAAAGUUGGUACCUAUGUAGAAGUCGACAUGUUUGGCCUGCCUGUGGAUACAAGAAGAAAAGCUUUGAAGACCAAGACCUCUCAAGGCAAUGCAGUUAAUCCCGUCUGGGAAGAGGAAACCAUAGUGUUUAAGAAGGUCGUUUUACCUUCCCUGGCAUGUUUGAGGCUAGCAGUGUAUGAAGAAGGAGGGAAAUUUAUUGGUCAUCGGAUAUUACCAGUCUCAGCAAUUCGACCAGGCUAUCACUACAUCUGUUUGAGGAAUGAGAGGAACCAACCUUUGACACUGCCAGCUCUCUUUGUGUACAUAGAGGUCAAAGACUAUGUACCUGAUACUUAUGCAGAUGUGAUUGAGGCCUUAUCCAAUCCAAUCAGAUAUGUAAACUUGAUGGAGCAGAGAGCUAAGCAACUGGCCGCACUGACUCUGGAGGAUGAAGAAGAGGUAAAGAAAGAGAUUGACCAUGGAGAUGCACCAUCCGAAGCUAACAAUGAACCUAGGCCAACACCAGCAGAAAAUGGAGUAAAUUACACUGCCUCUCUUACACCGAAACCAGCAACUCAGGUUGUCCACAGCCAACCAGCACCAGGUUCGGUGAAAGCACCUGCAAAGACAGAAGAUCUCAUUCAGAGUGUCCUCACAGAAGUGGAAGCACAGACUAUUGAGGAGCUAAAACAACAGAAGUCUUUUGUUAAGCUUCAGAAGAAGCACUACAAGGAAAUGAAGGACCUUGUAAAGAGGCACCACAAGAAAACCACUGACCUUAUCAAAGAGCACACUGCAAAGUAUAAUGAAAUUCAAAAUGACUACCUGCGACGAAGAGCAGUUUUAGAAAAAACUGCAAAAAGAGACAGUAAGAAAAGAUCUGAAACGGGCAGCCCAGACCACGGUUCUUCAACUAUUGAACAGGAAUUAGCUGCGCUCGACUCUGAAAUGACCCAGAAGCUGGUCGAGCUGAAGGAGAAGCAACAACAGCAGCUGCUAAAUCUCCGACAGGAGCAGUAUUACAGUGAAAAGUACCAGAAACGAGAGCAUAUUAAGCUGCUUAUUCAGAAGUUGACAGAUGUAGCAGAGGAGUGUCAGAACAGCCAGCUAAAGAAACUGAAAGAAACGUGUGAAAAAGAAAAGAAAGAAUUGAAGAAAAAAAUGGACAAGAAGAGGCAGGAGAAGAUCACAGAAGCAAAGUCCAAGGAUAAAAAUCAAAUGGAAGAAGAGAAGACUGAAAUGAUUCGAUCAUAUAUCCAGGAGGUGGUGCAGUACAUAAAACGGCUAGAAGAUGCUCAGAGUAAAAGACAGGAGAAACUUGUAGAAAAACACAAGGAGAUUCGUCAGCAAAUCCUGGAUGAAAAGCCUAAG